GAGGCCGCCAGGAGGCCGUGUACCAGGCCUGCGUGCAGCCCCUGCUGGAGGCCUUCUUCGAGGGCUUCAAUGCCACCGUCUUCGCCUACGGCCAGACGGGCUCCGGGAAGACCUACACCAUGGGGGAGGCCAGUGUGGCCUCCCUCCAUGAGGACCAGCAGGGCAUCAUCCCGCGGGUCAUGGCCGAGGCCUUCAAGCUCAUCGAUGAGAACGACCUGCUGGACUGUCUGGUGCACGUGUCCUACCUGGAAGUGUACAAGGAGGAGUUCCGGGACCUGCUGGAGGUGGGCACCGCCAGCCGCGACAUCCAGCUCCGCGAGGACGAGCGUGGGAACGUCGGUGAGGAAACCCCGGGUCCCUGGCUGGGAGGGGGCGCCUGGCUGGCGGGGAAACCCACGCUCUGGAAAGUUCUGCUUUAGUUUCUUCUGUCUGCACCGGCUUUGAGGUGGGCACGGGGGACGCUGG